CGCCCGCCCAGCGCCGCUCGGCCGCAGCUCCCUCCCCUCAAAGUUUCCUCACAGCAGAAACCUUCUCGAAGAGCUGCCCAGGGAGAUAGAUUUGUGAAGCUGUGUCUGGGGGUGGCUUUUCUUACAGCACCUCCCCGCCUUGUCCUCACCUAAUCCGAGCAGAAAGUAGAUUUUCCAAAUUAAGGGGAGGAAAGGGGGUGGAGUAUUAUCUAGAGAGAGACACAAGAGAGGAGCAGCCGCAACAGAGAAUUUCCGCUGCUUUCCUGCCUGAUGCCGGGGAGCUGACUGAGGGGCCUGCAGGGUUAAAGAACAUUCAAUAGAAAGCCAAGUUGAGCGAGGACGGCCGGGAGGCUUCCGGAGGCCGGGAAGGUUGUCCGGGUCUCGGUUUCCUCAGGCGUGGAGAUCGGGAGGCGCCGCCAGGGCGAGGGCUUUCAGCCGCCAUCCCCUCCUAAUCCCUCGGGAAGGCAGAGCCGGCAGCGCUGGGGCGGGGGCGUCACGGAAAAGCUUCUGGACCUGUGUGUGCCGCAUCCUUGGCUUUGGAUUUUAAGGACAUGAGACAGAAUUAACAGCGUCUCAAGGGAAUCUAUUGGAGAUGGUUUCAAGAUGUAGAACCCUUAGAUAUGAAGUGUCCCAAAUGAAGCUGGAGUAUCCACACUGAAAUUGCUUCAUAUUGUGGAAUUGAAGAGUAGCACUGGAAAGCUGUGUUAUGAGCUGCUUGGGCUUCUAAAGUGUCUAAUAGAGUUUUGAUCACAUGAGGUACUACACAAAUGCUAGAGAUACUGGAAAACACACGACACAAGCCCCUGUCCUCUAGGACGUCACAGUUUAAGAGGAAGGAAUGACAAUCAUGAAAUACGAUCACGUGAAGAGGCUCAGAGCAGAACAUUGAAAGUGGCCACCAUCAGCAUGAGGAACCUAAGUAAAACUGGUGAAAUGAGCAAAACAGAAUGCAGUUUUCAAGGUUCAUUUCAAGCAGUUGGCUUGUGGGACUCUGAGAGAUGCUGCUGCCCAUGACACGUGGGAAUUAUCAUGAUCAACUACCCAGUUUGGAUUUCACCCAGUGGCCAAGAGUUUUGCAUGGUAGACAGCAAGGGUUGGAUUUUUAAAAAAAGUAAACCAGGCCCGUGACCAAGGUCAGCCUCAGAGGCGGAGUCAUGCUUCACCCGGCCGGAUCCUGUUGGCAGCCGCUCCUGGGUCUGACUGUGGUGUUAGUGUUCAUGGCGCCCACCGCUGGCUGCCCAGCUCGCUGCGAGUGCUCUGCCCAGAACAAGUCCGUCAGCUGCCACCGACGGCGUCUGAUCGCCAUCCCAGAGGGCGUUCCCAUCGAGACCAAGAUUUUGGACCUCAGCAAGAACAGGUUAAAGAGUGUCAACCCUGAAGAAUUCAUAUCAUAUCCUCUGCUGGAAGAGAUAGAUUUGAGUGACAACAUCAUUGCCAAUGUGGAGCCAGGAGCCUUUAACAAUCUCUUUAACCUUCGUUCCCUCCGCCUAAAAGGCAAUCGUCUGAAGUUGGUCCCUUUGGGGGUGUUCACAGGGCUCUCCAACCUCACCAAGCUUGACAUUAGUGAGAAUAAGAUUGUCAUUUUACUGGACUACAUGUUCCAGGACCUGCAUAACCUGAAGUCUCUAGAAGUGGGGGAUAAUGAUCUGGUUUAUAUAUCACACAGGGCCUUCAGUGGGCUGCUUAGCUUGGAGCAGCUCACCCUGGAGAAGUGCAACCUGACAGCAGUGCCAACAGAAGCCCUCUCCCACCUCCGCAGCCUCAUCAGCCUGCACCUGAAGCAUCUCAACAUCAACCACCUGCCCGUGUAUGCCUUUAAAAGACUAUUCCACCUGAAACACCUAGAGAUCGACUAUUGGCCUUUACUGGAUAUGAUGCCUGCCAACAGCCUCUACGGUCUCAACCUCACAUCCCUCUCCAUCACCAAUACCAACCUGUCCACGGUCCCCUUCCUUGCCCUUAAACACCUGGUGUAUCUGACCCACCUUAAUCUCUCUUACAAUCCCAUCAGCACUAUUGAAGCAGGCAUGUUCUCUGACCUGAUCCGCCUUCAAGAGCUUCAUAUAGUGGGGGCCCAGCUCCGCACCAUUGAGCCUCACUCUUUCCAAGGGCUCCGCUUCCUUCGAGUGCUCAAUGUGUCUCAGAACCUACUGGAAACUUUGGAAGAGAAUGUCUUCUCCUCCCCUCGGGCUCUGGAGGUCCUGAGCAUCAAUAACAACCCCCUGGCCUGUGACUGCCGGCUCCUCUGGAUCCUGCAGCGACAUCCCACCCUGCAUUUUGGCGGCCAGCAGCCCAUGUGUGCUGGCCCAGACACCAUUCGUGAGAGGUCAUUCAAGGACUUCCACAGCACUGCCCUUUCUUUUUACUUUACCUGCAAAAAACCCAAAAUCCGAGAAAAGAAGUUACAGCAUCUACUGGUGGAUGAAGGGCAGACAGUCCAGCUGGAAUGCAGUGCUGAUGGAGACCCUCAGCCUGUGAUCUCCUGGGUGACACCUCGAAGGCGUUUCAUCACCACCAAGUCCAAUGGAAGAGCCACCGUGUUGGGUGAUGGAACCUUGGAAAUCCGCUUUGUCCAGGAUCAGGACAGUGGGAUGUAUGUUUGCAUCGCUAGCAACGCUGCUGGGAACGACACCUUCACAGCCUCGUUGACUGUGAAAGGAUUCACUUCAGACCGCUUCCUUUAUGCCAACAGGACCCCUAUGUACAUGACCGAUUCCAAUGACACCAUUUCCAAUGGCACUAAUGCCAAUACUUUCUCCCUGGACCUUAAAACCAUACUGGUGUCUACAGCCAUGGGCUGCUUCACAUUCCUGGGAGUGGUUUUAUUUUGUUUUCUCCUCCUUUUUGUGUGGAGCCGAGGGAAAGGCAAGCACAAAAACAGCAUUGACCUUGAGUAUGUGCCCCGAAAAAACAAUGGUGCUGUUGUGGAAGGGGAGGUGGCUGGACCCAGAAGGUUCAACAUGAAAAUGAUCUAAAGGUCUGCCACUCACACUAGUGUUCCUGUGUCAUUGUUGGUAACCAGUGUGAUGGCCUGGCCCAGGAAAGCACUAGGUGAAGAGGCAGCUUAGGGCAGCUGCCCUGUGUCAAAGCAGGGUCCACGGAAGCAGGAGGACUUCUUGCAGAGCCGCUCCACACCACCUAGAGGCAGGCAGGCCUGUGUCAGAGCCCUCACAGUGGGAUACUAAUCGUUUGCAUUGCAAAUAUUGGCAUUCUGGGGAUCUCAGUAAUGAACCUGAACCUUUGGCUUGUGCUCAUGGACAAGUUAUUCAACAUUUUCUACCACUGCAAAAACAAAAGAAAUAAAAAGGAACACCUACAAUGUAGGAUUUCCAUAUUAAAAAGACACAUUUGUCUAAAACAUACUCUACAGAAAAAUUUGUAUCUAUGAUUAUCAUUUGUUAAAGCCUUGCAUCAUACCAUAUUGUUGGUUCUACACCACAAAGAAAUCAAUAUAUUCUUUACUCUUUUUUUUGAAACAUAUAUGCUGUAUAUGUUUUAAAGCAAUAUGAAUGAAAGGUUGUGCUUUUAGUUACUCACCACUAAGACCCAAGUGUGGUUCAUCUUCCUUCACAUACAGAUGAUCCCUGGAGGUAGGAGCGCAGAUAUGGUGAAAAGAUGCGUUUGUCUGAUGUAGGAUGCCCGAAACAGGACCCGAGGCAAAACUGCUCAACUCUGUUAAUUCUGUGACUAUAAAUAAAGGCAUGUGCCUAGUUUUGAUACAGAAUGGAAUAUUUUUUAUACUUGUGAUAUCACACUGGACCAGUGUACUGUAACAAAGCCUUUGGUUUCUCCAGAAGGUGGUGUGCCCCUAGCUGACCCUGUAAAAUGGAAGGUAGGUGUUAGUGAUGAAAAUGGUCUGUUUAACCACAACUUUAUUUUACUUUCAUCAGUUGUUACUAAUGGGUUAAUUGUUAUGUAUACUCAUAGGGUAAGAUUCACCUUGUAGCUGAGUUCAAACAUUCAGAAGUUCAAAAGCUCUCUGAAUAAGGAGUUGUUAGAUGCCAGCACUUACCAGGGUAACCCAUGCAUAACAUGAGGUUAAUGCAACCAAGGGUCUGUUCAAAAGCUGUCUGAAGGCUGCACGGCUGCUAGUCUAAGGAAGCAUCUAGCUACUGCCACUCCAGUGUUGUCUAUUCAGUCUGUACACACAGUAUUACCUUGAAUGAGCAACUUCAGCAUUUCUCCCUGCUUCCUGACCAAGUAGAUUUUGAUUUUUAUUUUGCAAAUUACCUUGUAUAGACAAGAGGACUGUGUCUUGUUUUUACAGAGCUAAGAAGAAACAAGGCAGAUCAAAAAUUACUGGGUUUUUUCCCUUUACUGAGGACAAACUAGUAUGUUAAAUCAUCUGACAAUUUUGCUCCUCUCAUCCACAGAAAUUUGCCCAAUUCAUUUUGUAUUAAUGAUCGUUAUUCAAAGUUAAAAAUACUACAGUUUUUUUUUUAAUGGCCUCAUGCCUUUACCACCAGUGAUCUGGUUCAAAUGAGACAAUUUCAUUGACUAAAUAUUGAAUGAAUGGCUUUCAAGGCAUAUAUUUGUAUAAUCUGAGAAAGCACUGAAUAUAGAGUUUUCAUGAAAUGUGAUAUACUUAAUCAGCAUAGGAAGAGUAGGAAAUUUCUAUACUUUACACAUUUUGAGAGGCACCUGAAAAUGACCCCAUUUGGACAGGUGUAAGCUGGAGCAUGAGGUGUCUGAGGUUUGUUUCUGACAUGUCACAUUGGGAGUUUUUGACCUUCAAAAACCUGACUCUUUUUUUAGUAUUUGAAAUUUUGAGGAACUUCAAUGAAAUUAAAUUGACCCCAAUAAAGAAGUUACAGUUCCAGAAAUUGUUUUGCCAAUUGGAUAAGUAGCAUGGUUAAAUGCAUUUCUUCCUUUAUAAAGGUGGAAAAUGAGAUAAAUAGGCAAUUCUUCAAUCUUUCUAAGUCAUUUUUCAUUUGAUUUCCCUGAUGAUUAUCACAGAUCUUUUAGAAAUUCGUUUCUCACUUAUGGCAAUUACUUUAUAUCUAGCAAUGCAAAUCAAGAUUUUUUGUAAAUUCUAUCAAUUCCACCUUAUGUGCAAAUGGAAUGAGGUCUUUCAAAUUUAAAAAAGAACUUAAAUUGGAGAGUCUUCCAAAGUUAAUUGAAAAUAUUUAAUCUUAAUUUUGCAACAUUCUAUGGAGCAAGUACUUAUGACUGUCCAAUAAAUAAAUUAAAUAAGGAAACAUUAAGCAAUUAAUAAAAGAGCUUUGUGAUUCUAACUACUAUUUUCUGUCAAAGUAAAAUUUCAUCAAAAAGAACCUUAGUCAAAUGAAACUAAUCUAUCCAUGAAAAGAUGUAGUUAUUAUUUUUGGAAGAAGAGUGACUGUCCUCUCCUAGAGGUUUCCAUACUCUGGUCCAUGGAACAAUAGUUAUUUGAGAUAUUAAGAAGCAUUCUUCCAAGAAAGAACCCCAUAGACUACUAAAAUGGGAAAAUGCUGCAUUUUGUAACCACCUCUUGGAAGUUUAAAAUAUACAAAAGGCUAAUAAAUCCUCUGAAAAGUCCUGUAAGUAAGAAUCCUGUUUAAUAUUUUUUAUGGUAGGGUUUCUCUAAUUUAUUUGGACAUGAAGUGCUUCUUUUUAUUGUACACUGUCAAUAUCUUAAAAAAACAAGUUCCACAGAACACAGUUUGGUCAACUGAACUAAAGUAGUACUCUUCUGAAGUAUUCCUCAGCUCAGUGUUUCUAAUAAGAGUGAAAUUACUAUUUGAAAUAGGCUCCAAUCGAUUAUAAAAAAAUAUACUACGUGCAUAAGUGAUCUGAUCAUAAAAAUAUAUUGACCAGAUAUUUCUAGAAGAAUCUGCUACUCUCUGCCUGAAGUAUCAUAGUAAUGGAUUUAUAGGUAAUUGAAUGGCCACUUAAUUAUCUACAUUCUCACUGUUGGUGCAGAUCUUGGGUUCCAUUGAUUCUGGGCUCUAGCAUGGAGUUUCACAAAGGUAUUUUACCUAUGGCUUCCAAUUUCCUCUUUAUUACAUCAAACUGGACCAUGAUAGAGAAUAACAGCUCAAACCGUCAAAUAGAAUAGUUUUUCCCCUUAAUAAGUUAUUUCUGAGUCAUUUUCUUCCCAGAGGAUUUAUCUCAAAGUAUCCUAAGAAAGAAACAAUUGUUUGGCUUAGCAUUUAGAUCCGGGUUGACCAGUUUUCUGUAUCUGUAUAGUAAGUAUUUUCAGAGAAGGAUUUAUUCUCUGUAGGCAUUAAAUUUCUGGAAGGAAAAAUUCCCUAGUGGUCUGAGAGCCCUGAUCCAUCUCCCCAGAUGUCUGAAUACAUGUUAUUAGAAUAUGCUAACUACCAAGCCAUUUUGCCUAAUGUGUUCCUGGCCAGGGAUUUCUACUUUCCCAAAUUCUCACAUUACUCACUUUUUAAAAAUCUCUUUUCAUUUUCAUUGCAUUUAUAAUUAUGAGCUUUCCAAAUAUUCUCAAAGUUUGAAAAUGUAAACUGCAGAAAUUACCAAAACUUGAACUUCCUAGUUCCUAAGGAUAUUUCUCAGAUCUCUGGUUUUGCUUAAGUUUCUCAGAAAUUUUGCUUAUCAACAACUCCCCAGUAGUAACAGGGCUCUUAGGAUUUGUUCUACAGUGUUUUAGGUGGAUUAUUUUUCCCAUUGUUCUAUCAAGUAUUCUGCUCUCCCCAGCUCUCAGAAAAGCCCAGAAGUUACAAUCUUCUAUAACUUUUUUAAAAAGGAUUAUUUAAAUCUCACCUGCAUUGAAGCCUGAAUUUUGUCAUUUUCCAUGAUUCAAGUAGGAAUAUAUUUACAUAUUAGAAAGUGAAAAAGAGAGGAUGUGAUUUUGGAGAAUAAAAAUUGAGUAGAACUCCAUCUAAAUUAACUUACCCUUCCAGGGUCUGCCUUCAUCUCUACAUCAAGACAUUUGUUUGAACUUCAGAGACUGUGCUCAGAAGCUGUUAAACAACACAGAAUAUGUCUUGAGGCUUUCUAGGAAAGAAAAAAUAGAUCAUUCUCAGUUUAGAAGACUAAGACCUGACAAAAAGACAUAUCAAGAGUUUAAAGAAAGGUUUGGGGGGAGAUACUUAGAUCCAUUUUAAUUCUAUUACCUUUAUUCCUAAUUUUUAUAGUUGUCUCCUAACUGAAAAAGAAAAAAAUUAUUCUUUAAUUUUCAUCAAAAAUAUUAUUGUCUAUUUUAUCUCUGUUCCCUGUAAACUGGUGACCUUUAUAUAAUUCACAUGAGCUACUCCAAUUGGAUUCUGUGGCAAAACUUUUGGGGCCAGACCAUUCAUUCUACUCAGUAGUUAGGUAAAGAUUUAUCAUCUUUAUUCCUGGGAUCAGGUCCUAGGAACCCUCCUCAUUAUACUGAUACAUCAUGUGCCUGGUUAUGGAAGUUCCACCACUGGCUUUGGAAGUUCCAUCCUUUCUAUUAAAAGCCUUGGUUAUUUUCUGAUUGAGGAGUUCUAGAGUUACUCUGCCUCGGUGUGUGAAAAGCCUUGAGGAAUGAAAUAUUACCUGACUUGUUGAUUUUAGAAUUGCAUGCUUUGCUUAGGCAACAGAGGGUGCUUCCUUUCUCUCCUUCAAAAGCCAUUCCCAAGAGAGCCUUCUCAUUCUCAUUCCAGCAACAGCACAACCACAGCUUCCUGACCUAAGUCUGUAAUAGCAAACUGACAGCUGAUUUGCCUCGCUAUUUAGCUGUGAGCUAACAAAAUUUUACUUAGGGCCCGUAAGUAAAUUUGUAAGAUGCGGCCAACUAAAUUUAAACUAUGUUUUAUAUGAAUUAAUGGUAGGUUUUCAAAUCUGAAGUUGGUUUGUCUGUGUUGGGAGCAGUAAAUGUAGCUGCAUAUUUUCUCAAAAAAUGUUAGAGAAUGGAAACUGCUUAUCUGGUGCGAGCUUUCCAGCAUGUUGUCUAGAAUAAAAUGUUUGCAGGAAAAAAAAUAUGAUUAAGAAAUUUGUAAAAGGUUUAUUUUUCUAAAAUAGGCUUGGAGCUGAUGUUCCUCUUUCAAAACAGGAGAAUGUGAUCAAAACAAGCUUGCAUGUGCCCCAGACUGCCCUUCUCCAGUUUGCCAAGAUCUCUAGCGCGGCCUCUCCCUCCCCUGGCCCCCAUCUGGGGCAGAACAUCCUGGAUGGAAAGGAAGAAAAGAGCAGGGACUCUAGCUCCCCCGAGACAACCCACAGAGAGGGGAAAGCUUUGCCAUUCCCCCACCUUCCUGCUCCUUUCCCGACACCACACUGACAGGCUCUCUCACCACUGCCACCUCCCAGCUGCUGUCACACCUCAUCAAUGAAUAUUCUCUCCAGGGAUGUCUUCUUUCAUUGGUACUCAGAAAUUCUUGGGUAAUUGUUAAACUGGAAAUUGCUUUAAAAAAAAAACCCUCCAGCCUAUCUCGCAUAACACUUUAGAAGUUAAGACUUACCAUUCACAUAAUCACAAGCUGACAGCAAUCUGCAGGUUGAGUGAUUCUGAUUUUUUUUUCUCUCUCUCUCCUCUAGAAGCAGGUGGGUUGAUAUAAUGCCAGCCUUAAAUAGAAGCUUUAUUUAUAGCCUUAGCAGAAUGAGAGAAGAGCUGGCAUAAUCAAGAGAGUCCUGCAUAUUUUAAGAAGGCUUUACCUUUAAUAUGCAAAAUAGCCAUUAGAACACAAAAAAAUGCAAAUGUACAUCCUACUAAAUUGGUUAACUAUACUAAUCCCAAUAACGCUCUAAAGAUAACAUUCCAUACUGAAAAUGGGUCGGAAUCAAAGAUUCUGUGCCUAUUUAAUAAGAACCAAGAAGAAAAGCUGAAGUUUAGUCGCCAUGUUAACAUUCUUCAUUUUGUUGCACACCUCUUAUUCAAAAUUGUUUUAAUAUGUUUACUGUCCAUUAGAAUAUAAUUAAUACAAUCUGCAACAAUGCAGAAUCAACAAAUAAUGAUUAGCAGAAGAUUCAGGCUUGCAAAGAAAAUUCUCCCCAUCUUUAAACAAUGUGUGUCCAGAAACAGUGAUUCAUAUACAUUUAUAACUGGAGAGUGAGAGACAGGAAUUGAGACAUAUACUUUGUUUAAAGGCUAUUUGGAUGUUCUCUUCCCCCAGUUAUGAAAUCGGGUGUACCAUACACAAGUAGAUUGCUUGAAAUGCAAGUCAGUUGUCUUACUUUUUUUUUACCAUAUACUAUGGAAUGCCCCAAAUCAUAAUUUUAAAAGCUAUUGUUUAUAUAUACAUAUAUAAAUGUGUAGGGGAGGGUGGCUUGAUUAUUUUUUUGUAAGUGUUUAAAUGUAACUGUUUUAAAGUUGAUGAGCUUGAGCAGGAGAAAGGAAAAAAAAAAGAAACAAUGUGUGUCUGUGUUUUUCUUUAAGGUCUUUUAUCCAAAUCUUAUUGUGGGAACAUCCCAUGAUUGGAAGCUGCUAACCAAUGACCUACAAAUUUUUUUUUAGUGCCUGAUAGCUUGUUUUCGUUCUUAAAAAAUUAGUGCUAAUGACAAAAGUCAUCUUAAUUUAAGUUUGAGUCUCACUGACUGUUACGGAUUUAUUGUUGUGGGCAUGUUUUGUUUUUUUUAACAUGUAAAAACAAGUUAACUUAUUUUAACAUGUAAAAUAAGUUAAAAUGUUUUCUUUACUGAUGUAAAGGGCUUAAGCAUCUGACAUCUCAGUCAAAUCCAUUGGGGUAUUAUCAAGAAAUGAAAUGUAAUAAAAGACAAUUGGAGUCAUCAGAAAAUAUUUCCUUAUUGAGAGAGGUAGGUUAUAUGAGCCUUACAGGGUGCAUGAAGUUACUUAAAUAUCUUUAGCACUGUUAUUAGCUCAAAUAAUCUACAAAGCAUCUCCAGCCAGAGAGGCAGCGCGUCCUGAGUGACGUGGGGAGAGCCCUGAGGCCAGGCUACCAGUCUUCUAUGCGAAAUCACCUCAGCGCCAGGGCUCGACCUGCUGGAUAUCCACAUCGAGGUUAUUUCAACCACACUAUAAAAAUAUUCCACUUUAGUGAAGAUAUAUUUUGUAUCACUUGCAAAAUUAUCCCAAAUUCAUUUGUUUUGCUAACAUGGGCCAGCGAUGGGCAUGACUUUAGGCAUGGAAUAUAUCUGAGCAAGAACUGAAGGGUUCAGCAUGCCAUUCAUAUAACAUAGUCACGUGGUUUUUGUGCACUUCCACUCAGCCAACUACCAGUGAUUCAAGGCAUUUCGUGUAAGGUCAGAGGGCACAAAAAAUUAAAAAGAGAAAACCAUUUUUUCUCGUCUUUAGGCAAAUUGCUAACAAGGGGAAAAGAAGGUUGUCUGAUGUUGAAGAGGAAAAGAAUUGAAAAUAUAAAAAUUACCCUUGUACAAUCUAUCCACUUAAAGUGAAGGCUCUCCCUCCUUACCUUUGGUACUUAAGGCAGUGAGCUUUAGCGAGCUGUGCUCUGAUAGCAGUCAUCCUGUGGUGUCAUCUUCAGUCCCCAUGUAGCUUGUUAGAUGCCUUCCAGUGAAGAGAAAAGAAGCAGAGAAGGAGGCACUGAGCUGACAGGAAUGGUGCCUAGAAGCCACGUUGAUAAGUGACAAGGAAGUCCUGGCUUCACCUCCAGGCAGGAGCAAAUAUUCAAAUUCGGAAACUGCUAGCAAGAAAUUCACAAAGGGCCCCUUUGCUAUUGUUGAGCUUGCCACCUGAGAGGGAUCUGCUUCUCCCUGAGGACUUCCUGGUAUUGCCAGAGCUGUGCGGGUAAGAGUCACAUCUCUGACAGUGGGCUUUCCUUUCACACUAUUAAACUAGCAGGACUAAAACAAAUUUUCCUUGACCUCAAUUUUGAAUAUGUUGAGUAUACACCUCUGCCAAUAAGUAUGAAACAAGUUAGGUGGUCCAGUAAAUGCACUCACUAAUCGGGGAGAAGAUGGUUCCGAUACUUCAGGGCUUGUUCUUCAGAACAAGAAGAAAAAUAAUGAAGUCAAUUUUUAAAUGAAAGCUAAACAUAUGUUUAACUCAGCCUAGCUUCUGGCUCCAUACUUAUGAAGACAUUCUGGCGAUGUGUUGCUUCAUAAAUUUAGAAGCCCACCAUAGUUUUGUGUUUCUGGAAGGUUAUUUUUGUUGUGUUUUUCCCUCUCGUUCUCCUCGGUCCUGAGCAUUCUGCUCCAUCUAGCUUGCUGUUAAUAUUUCUGUGUCAUUUGAGUAUGGUUGAAAUAAAAGUUCUGAGUGUCUGUGCACUCUCUUUAAGCCAGAUAAGUUUAUUAUAGGACCCAGGAUUCUUUUCCUAAUUACCUCAUUGUCAGGCCUAAAACCCAGCUCAUGAAGAUUAAUGUGAAAUAAGGCCAACUUAAGAAGAAAAUUGAAAACUGUAAAGGGAAAUUCACCUAUUAAUUCUGCCCUGAUUGGUGGAAAACCUGAAAAUACUGGCUUCUAGGGCUUGUCAGUCUGUCUUUCAUUAGCUCAUAAAUAACUCAUAAAAAAAUUUGUCCCUCUAACAAAAUUAUGUCCCUCUAACAAUGAGAAGGAAUUCCCUUGGUGUAGCUAUGCAGGCAUUGUUUCAUUCUAUAAUACUUUGAACUGGGUGAAUCCAAAUGUCAGGUACAGAAUGUCUACAUAGUACAUGCAUUUUAAUGCCAGAUACACACACACACACACACACACACACACACAUCCAUAUAUAUUAUUAACAACCAUUUGGAGAAAGACAAGGAAAAAGAAAAGGCAGAUGGAAAUUGUGUGGCCUGUCUAAGGAUUCUCACUAUUCUGCUUGUCCUCUAAUAAAGAAAACUAACCAGCAUUCAAUCACUAAGGAGCCAGAGUCUGGGAGAUGGAAACCCAAGCUGAGUCUCCACGAAAAGCUUACAUACUACUGGAUAAGUUACCUGUUUGCCUGAAAGACCGAAAAGGUUAUGUGUGAUUGCCAGAGUUAGUUCUAUAGUGAAUAUAUUGAAUAAUUCUGUUCAAGGCCACAUUGGCAGAUGAAUCUGUUUGACAGCUUGCCCUCCCUUUAAGAAAGAGGUAGCAUUUAUACAAGCCCUUUCUAACCACAGUAUCACUAGCCAUAUUAUUCCCAAGCAUAAGAGAUCAAGCACGCUAGUACCACAGCACAGAGGCAAGUCACUACAUUUCAUCUAUACCUUUAGCUGUAGGCUACUGGCUAGAUUUACAAAACACUGAUAGGUUAAUCUGUUGUAUACAUCCAGGGCUCUCAUAAAAGUUAAAUACUUCUUAGAACACACACACACACACACACACAAAUCUAUAACAUAAGAUCCAGAAUUUCUUUAAGCCUCACUGUGUAUCAGUCCAAAGACCCCACUGGGAAUCGAUUCACUGAGGAUGCAGUGUGAAGAGACUACCUGGUGGGCGCCACUGUCCCGAUUUACAUAAGCUCUUCCAUUUUAGCAACACCUGGAGAAUCCAGUCGCUUCUGCUUCAGUGGUCUCAAGAGCCUUCCAUGGUACUGAAUAAGAAAUUUGCUGAUAUUAAUGCAGGGCUGGUUUCAAUACAAGGCAGCGAUUUUCUGUCCUGAGUUGUCUGGAGUGAAAAAAAUGGGUUCAUAUAAAUGGAAAGUAACUGAAAAAUGUACCCCAGCUGGUGAGUCAAGAGAAGGGAAAUUCACUGUUUUAGGUCAAUGUGUUUUCAAAAUAACAUUUGAUAGACUGGAGAGGAUAAGCUUUUCAAAUGAAUGGCAAUGAGAACAUAGGUACAUACAAGAGAAUUUCACUUUGAAGGAAAAUGGAUAUAGUUUCUGUAUGUGGCACUGCCUCUAAUAUUGACCUUCAUAAUUUGGGUUCCUAACCAAUAAAUAGACAAAUUCUACAUUAAAAAUUAUUUUAAAUGUCUGUGUGUUUAUAUUCUUCUAAAUGAUGCUGGUAUUAACUCAAACAAAUACAAAAAAAAUCAGGAAUCUACUUAACUACUUAACUAGAAAUUGGAAAUUAGACUUUGUUUUUAAAACAUGUAGAAAAUUUAAUUUUCCACUCACCCAAGCACAAUCUCCUUUCAUUCAUCUAUUUAAUCAUGCAACAUCUACUGAGUGUCCAUUAUUAUAGUAACUUAACAGCAUAUCAGUAAAUAAAGAUGUUAUAAAUUGUGGUCCAAACUAAUCCUGCAUUUCUCCACUUUCCCUUCUUUGGCUUCCAUGUUGACCACAGUGUGUUUCUUAUUUUAUCAUCCAAUGCAUGUGGUUUAGAGAUGGGCCUUGGUGUCCAACUGGCCAGGCACUAUUCUGGCUUUGAGGACCUACCUGCUUUAAUGAUCCACUCUCAGGGAGUCAGAAUAGUUAAGUAAUAAAAAGACAAGUAUCCAGAGUAAGAGUCCCCAGGGCUCUGUCACUGGAUUCAUGUUUCUUUAUGGACAAGCUACUUAACAUCUCUGCAUCCCCAUCUCUCAAAAUGAUCAUAACACUACCUACCUCACAAGGGUGCUGUGAGGCUUACUAUGAAAGCGUGAGGGAACAGUAUGUAGAAAUGGGGGCCUAUUAAAAAGGUGCUACAGGAUUUAGAGUGGCUGGACAAAGUCAUUGAGUAUGAACCCUUUCCUCCCUGGGAGUCCCAGGUCUGCUAGGAUAUGUACUCCCUUUACAACUAGAAUCUAAAAUGGCAUUGACCAUCAAUUGGCCUGGUUUAUCUUUAAUAUGACCUCCACAUGACCUCUACAAGAUUCAUCACAAACUCCCCUCUCUCUGACAGAUGCUGGCUUGGAAAAAUUAUUGAACUCAUUUUAACAAAGGACAAUAAGAUAUUCACUUCCAGGUGCUGGGGGUGGGGGAACAGUUAUUUAUUUUAAUAGGAACAAGAGUUUAAAUGGAUAUCUUCAAGGGGUUUAUUGGAGAAAUUUAUUACAUAGGGCUUUCUGUUGUUUUCAAUCUGACUCCCCACCUUUCUGUGCCAUUGUUUUAACAUACAUCCUCUUUUCCCCUUUAUUGGAAGUAAAGGUAUAAUCCUUCUCAUUUCAUGAUGAAUCUUUUCAUGCAGUCUGUUUUGCUCAAAGGACAAAUUCUUUUCAACAACUAUUGUAAUUAUUUUCUUAGAGGCCAUUUUUAAUUGCCAUAUUGUUUAGCUAAGCCCUAUUGUCUUGGUGUCCUUCAAAACUGUCAGUUGCUUUAAAAUACAAGGGUGGGAGGGGGAAACUGAUAAGCACAUUGUUGUAAUUGAUUUGUAUGUUUGAAUUGUCUUAUCAGAA